UAGAUUUUUAUGACACGGAAACUGAGAGAGUUUCACUUCAAAGCAAACUUAUUUUGAGAUGUCCAACACAAGAGGAGUGAUGUACCAAUGUACAACAGCCACUGGGUGCAGUGGAGUCAGUACUGUGCUAAUACAGACUGGCAUGGAGCACAUUAUUCGAACAAUCCAGCCAGCGGUCUCAAAUUCCAACCGUGUGUGUGAUAUCUAACCUUCCUAUGAUUGAUGAUUGGCAGCGAGUGAUUUAUGGAAACUUUCACUUUCGGACGUUACACUGAAGAGCUGGGGGUCAACAUGGAUAAACACUGCCCUCCUGUGGACGAUGGUCUGAGUAGCAUGAUGAGACUGCGGGAUGGGCCGAGAAAAUCAUUCCAGGCUCCCGUGGAUGUCCACACUGCCCAGGACGGUCACACGUAUUUAUUUGGAAGCGACGAAGGGGUAUCGGAAGAGUCGUCUAACGAAGAUCAGGAAAAUAUUGAACUACGUCCCCGAGUCCGAGACUGUCAAUGGGCCAGUACCAUUGGGGAAAAGGUUGAUUGUACGAUGCUGUUUGUACGAGAGGUAGUGGAUGGUGACAACCUCAAUACGUUUGCUUUGCAGUACGGCUGUACGGUAGCUGACCUUAAACGAGUGAACAAUCUCAUCCGAGAUCAAGACUUUUUUGCCUUAAAAUCCAUAAAAAUUCCCGUGAAAAGGCACAGCCUAUUGACUGAAGCAAACGAAGAGGCAAAACGGAGACACUCUGCAAUGAGAGGAAGCUCAAACUGUUUAGAGACAUUUGCAACUGAUAACUCAAAGAUGGCCUUUAAUGAAUAUUUUGAGGAAAUGGACAAAGACCUCGAGAAGAUCAUCCAGUCCACAGACAACAAUUUGGAUGAGGUGAUUUAUCCUAAAACGGCCAACGAAUUGUUUCCCAAUCCAGCGUCUGCGAAAGAGCAACAUCACGGAGCGGACUGGGGAAUUGGAUGGUGGAAUGCGGUAGUAAUAAUGCUUUUGGUGGGCAUUAUCAUUCCAGUAUUUUAUGUGGUUUACUUCAAAAUGCAAGAGACCGACGAUCCUAAGAACCCACCGCCUUUACCAGUGACACACACUUCAGAAUGGCAAAACGCCACUUUAGCAAUUCCGGCAUAAUUGAACAGAAAAACACUUUGGGAGGAAUGAUUGGUGAUAGGUUGGGAAGUUGUGUGUCAAUUGGUAUUGAGCUUAAUUUUCUUCCUUGAUUAACGGCAAUAUAAUUGGUUGAAACACUGAAAAUAAUUGAUCGUAGAUGGGUACAGAUAUAUUCCCUGGACCAGUCCUGGGAUUGCAUAUUGCAGUGCUAGACCUUAAGCACAAGUCUACCUACGUACGGUUAAUGCAGUCCCUCAUAGAAGAUUGAUCCAGCUUUCAUCAUAGCUUUUUAUAAUGCCAGUGCAGAACUAAAGUUGUAGUUUAUUAACAAAAAAGGUUUAGUUAGUUUGCUGCAGUUUAUCAGCAGCUAAUUCCGAGGUUCCUUAACAGUUGUGCACUACUUUCCUAGUUGAUUAUGACUGUUGUCAGAUCUUGGCUCCGAGCAUUCAUGGUGCCAAGCAAGGACUAAUCAAACAAAGUGUAAUUGAUUUAGUAAAAAGGAUCAGUGCUCGAAUGUACUCUGGGAUUUAUUAUAAAGUAUUUGAUAAAUGAAUGCACACUAAUUUCACUUAUGUCUAACAUUGGAUCUUGUAAUAAGAGCAAUUAAUACCUCUAGUUUUAUACAUACAAUCUUUCAAAACCUUGAAUACUUUUUGUGGCAUAUGAACAAGGUUGCAGUGUUUUAAGUAAAAUGAAAGACCGCAUUACAUUUGCACUGUCACUCACAAGACUUAAUUAAUGCUAAAGUUUCAUGCAAUAGUUUAUUUUUUACACGUCAAUGCGCCAACCUGUGCAAAACAUUGGGUGAUUGACCCAUCUUAAUAUUAAAUCUUUAUUUUCUUAUACUGGUCAAUAACCCUAUUUCAGCAAACUUUGUGGUAUGUAACAAAAAGUUCUGUAGCCAUGGUCAGCAGCUACAAGAUUUCAAAGUGUUAUUGGAAAUGACCUUCUGUGAUUUUUAAAGGGAUAACCAGCUAAUACUAACCUAAAAUGUUCAGCUAACCAAGUAGGUGCCAAAGUAAUUGCCGAUGGUAAAUCACGAGUGAAGAAAAAUUAAAAUAGCAUAAAGAGUGCUUCAGAAAAAAAUCAUCCACCUGUUCACAAAGUGAUUUAUUGUAUUCUUUACCAUUGUUCCUUAAUUGGUUCAGCAGUUUUUCUUACAUCCACAUUGUUACCUGGAUUUUUUUUUACAGAAUACAGUUCUUGCAUUAAAUUCAUCUGUUGAAGAAAGUAUUUUCAUCUGUUGAGUUAUUGAGGCUGUCAGAUAGAAAAUGCUAAGGUUCAGUUCCUGAACAUUGAUGAUUUCAGCCUUUUCUUUCCAUACCUUCAACAGGAUAACGUUCAACCCUGUUAUCAUCCUAAAUGUUUGCUAAAAUGUUAACUACCAAAUAAGCUUUCUUUAUUGUCAUUGAUGAAUUGUAGUUUGAAGUUUUAAAACUAUUCAUAGCACAAAGUGCAGUCAUCACACCAGAUGUGCACCUGCGGAUUGAAUUGAGUUAGCACGCACAUCACAGGAAGAUUCACACAGCAAGUACAACAUCACCAGCAACUGUGUGAUGCCCUAGAGAAUGCCAAAACGGUAAGCAUUGAUGCCUAAACUAUUACUGAUCAGCACAGUGUUGACAGCAUUGCUUUAAUAUAUGUUUUCAUCAGGUAACGAUGUCCCUGUAAUUAUUUGGUGUUGAAAAAUACCUUUGUAAAAUGUGCUGAGUAAACUAUAUUCCCAAGGUGGCUGUUCACCAAUCUUUUCAACACAUAUUGUCUGCCUUAGCUUGGCUCUUCCCUGUCAGUAUUUACCAUAGUAAAAGUUGAAUUAAAUUCUUUGACACAGAACUGUCAAUAUUGAUUAAUGUAGGUUCAAAAUGUCCCUGCUUUAAUUGGUACGACGUGAACUUUAAAUCGCUGAGAUAUUUGCAAAGUGAUGUAGAGUUGUGUCUGUCUUGUAUUAAAAUGUUGAAAUUUAGGGCAAUCAGACUUGUACGUGGGCUCAGAGUACAUAUGUAACCAAACAAAUUAGCUCAGAUAACUCUUUGCAAUGGGAAUUGUUCAGAACUAAUUUCAUAUUGUUAUGUUGCAUCCAUUACUGAAUUUAAUAUGUCUGAAUGUUUAGUAUGGAAACCCAGAAAUAUAUUUCAAGCACUUUUCUCCAGAGUUGCCUAAACCAAGGAUAUUGACGGAUGCAGUUAAUUUUGACGACCAACUAAAUAACAAGUGACGAAACCACAAGUGGUGCUAGCUGGUUAGAUUAUUGCUUCAAACUGUCAUGAAUGUGUACAUGUGUGUGAAUGUUCGAAUCUUUGGAAAAGUUUAGUUAAGGUUUUUCUAUUUGUGAUUCAGAAGACUGGUUUGUGGCUGCUACACUCUCCAGGAUUGUUGAGCAGUUUCAACAGAGCUAAGGAUGGACAUUUUCACUACAAACCUCAGGGUGUCCAGACAUCUGGUCUCAAAAUGUCUGAAUCCUAUUAAUGUACCCCAUUCGCUCGUGUUUGUUUUCCUCUCGGGAUCCUACACAUCUUUGGGUCUUGCUUCAGAAGUUAUACUGGUGAUGCUGUCAGCUUUGCUAUUCAGUUUUACUGUUCUUUAGCUCACAGUACGAGGUGUGGUUUCAGAUUCUUGUGUCCACUAUUCUGAGUUGUCUGGUUCCACCCAGCUCUGCCCUUCUCAGAUUGUACUCGAUGCUAAUGAAUUUGGCAGGUUUCCAGGCCAUCAGAGUUGGUGAGUUCAUAUUGAGGUGUGAUUCUUCCCAUGAUCUAUCCUGAGCAGCAUUCUCACUUCUAAUUCAGAAGGUUGUGGGUUCAAGACAUAAGUAACUAUGUGCGAAGCACUUUGAGAUGGGUCUUAAGUUAUGAGGUGCAAUUUAAAAAAGUUCUCCCUGAAGUGGUGUUCAUGGAUCGUGUUGGCAAUCAUAUGUUGUAGACAUGCAUUCAAGAAGAAAUAUGAUUUUAACUAAGGCAUUGUGCACCUUUAGUUUGAUUGUUAAACAGAUGUGGAUUGGUAUCACACAGCUCCUGGAGGAUUUCCAAAGUGGGCACUGGUGUAAAAAGGAACUUGAAACAUAAUGUUCUGCUACCCUUCAGGCAGGAGAGGAAAACAAUUACCAGGAGAAUAUUAACUGCACCAAAAUGCCAGCAACCUCAGUGCCAUCAAUGUAUUUGAAGAGAUCAGGCCUUAAUAGGUUUCUGUUUCGCCUUUCCAUAACCAUUAUUGAGAAUCUGUACACGCAAGGUGAGCAAUAGAUUUAUAAAAUUAUAUUUGAACAUCUCAAUUACUGGAGAUUAAUUCCCUCCAUCUGGCCAAAGAAUGUAUAUUACAUGCUCCUGGGAUUUUUAUAUAAUUAACUCUAUUCUGCUCAAAAGCAAUGACUGUAUUAUUGAAAAUAUGAUUAUUUCCCUGAACAGAAUUUGAAUAUGGAUUAGAAGUAACAAACUGAUCUCUCCAUUCAGCUAAUGAUUAUAAUUUUGGAUCCCAACGUUUGUUCUUUUUAUUCCUGCUGGUGACAUUUAGAAGAUGUUACUGCAUCUAAUAUUACUGGCCAAAUCUAUUGCAGAUUAAACAUCCAACUAAAAUACAACAACUUUGUGUUACUUUCUUAGAUAUUACAGCCUCAAGCUGAUCGCCUAAUAGAUGGAGCUGAUAAAUAGUCUCAGUAUCACAAUGCUGAAAUUCAAGUGCUGUUAAUUGGGAUGAUAUUGCUGAAUGUUUCAUUCCAUUUUUCCAAUAACCUUUAAAUGGUACUCUUGGGGUCAAACUGCGCAGUUACAAUGACAAGAAACGUUAUUUAAAAUGUUUGAUUCCACUAAAAAUUGCCUUAAUAAAUUCAGUGACAUUAUUGACUUCUUACCAAAAUUGCUGAAAAUUCAUCAACCUAAAGAUCUAAUGAGUGACCUGUACAACACAAUUUUAUUAACUGGUACACCUGUAACUCAUUAAUAAAGCCUCUUUCUCGAAUAAAAA